UAUAGCUAGACGUACUAUAUAUUUCUAUUUACAUUUAUUUGGUUAUUCAUUUUUUUAUCAAGCAAAUAAAAGUACUUUCUAUAACAUUAGGCCUUAGGCGUACGCCUAUGUAUUUAUAAAAAUAGAUUCAAGAUUUUUGUAUUUAGUUUUUAAAUGUUGAAAAAAUGUUUUGAUAAAAAUAAAAUGUAAUGCAUAGGGUUAGUGUCAGCUGGUAUAGUGAUGUGCAACAAAACUCGCUUGUAGUACAGUGAAUGGACGAUCUGGACUAAACGUAGAUUCACUAUAGUGUUAUUGACAUUGUGAUAGGACAUAACACAGUUCAAUAAAAUAUUACUACAAGGCCUCUUUAGUUUUCCAACUCCCUAACAUUUUUGGUGAUUAAAUAUAAUAUCUAAUACACUGGUUAAGUACAAGCGGAAUAAACAUGAAAAUAUUCAGACCAGAAGAACAAAUUCAUAUCAUUGAUAAUGAAGCAACUGUUGAAGAAACCAUAAAGGAUAUAGUUGGAACAAAUGUCAUAUCAGAUCCAUUCUAUAUAUUUGAUGUUGGCGAUCUUGUGAAUAAAGCAAUAAUUUGGCAGAAAACAUUACCACGUGUAAAACCUUUUUAUGCUGUGAAAUGCAACGACAAUUCCCUUGUGCUAGAAAUUUUGGCAGCGUUUGGAACAAAUUUUGAUUGUGCUUCCAAAGCCGAGAUAAAAAAAGUUUUGGAUUUGGGAGUGAAUCCGACACGUGUAAUAUUUGCUAAUCCAGCAAAAAUGGCUUCACAUAUAAAAUAUGCCAUGAGCAAAGGCGUUUAUCUGACAACAUUUGAUAAUAAAUUGGAACUAUACAAAAUGAAAUCAUUACAUCCAUCUUGCAACUUGGUUAUACGAAUUCGUUGUGAUGCAACUGAAGCACAGUGCCCACUUGGUAUCAAAUAUGGGUGUGAUCCUCUAACCGAAGCACCAUCAUUAUUGGCAUUGGCUCGUGAUUUAGGUUUGUCUGUAGUUGGAGUAAGCUUUCAUGUUGGUUCAGGAUGCAAUGAACCAGCUGCCUUUCAAAGAGCAAUUGCUGCUUCAGCAGGUAUUUUCCAACUUGCUCAGGAGUUAGGUUUUAUGAAUAUGCACUUGUUGAACAUUGGUGGAGGAUUUCCUGGAGAUAAAAACACUUCACUGGACAAAAUUGCAAACAUAGUGAAUGAUGCACUUAAUGAAUGGUUCCCUCCAAAUAAUGGAGUGACUAUCAUCGCAGAACCUGGUAGAUAUUUUGUGGCUUCAGCAUUUACACUCGCUACAAAAAUCCAUUCUAUUAAAAAACGUUCAAAUGAUGAAAGUCAUAUCAUGUAUUUCAUUAACGAUGGAGUGUAUGGUUCUUUCAAUAGUAUUCUUUAUGAUCACUCGGUUGUUGUGCCCAAAUCUUUAUAUGAUUAUUCGAGAAGUCGUCCAAUUUGUGAGAGUUCCAUUUGGGGACCUACUUGUGAUGGUUUAGAUAAAGUAGUUGAUUUUGUGAACAUGCCACUGCUGAAAAUGGAUGAAUGGAUUACUUUUGAAAACAUGGGAGCUUAUACAAUACCUGUAGCUAGCACAUUUAAUGGAUUCCCGCUUCCCAAGGUCUUUGCUGUCGCUAAUCAAAGAAUUUGGAAUAAGUUGAAAAAUGUAGUGCCUAUAUCUGUUUGCUGUUUUGCAACCGUGCCUAUUGUUGCAACUAUCAAAAUGAUACAAUCAGAACCUAUUGAAGAUUAUGCAUGUAAAGAAAACAUAUUUAAUUAUAUUCAAUAGUAUACACGUCUCCUCAUUUGUAGAAUUAUUUUUUUUUUUGCCUGAAAUAUACAUUUUUAAUUGUAUAAUUUAAAUUAUUGAGUCUCCAUUUUAUUAUGUUUACAAUUAGAAUAUUAAAUAAUAUGAUAUAUUAUGAUUGAUCAUGUUAAAACCAACUAAAUUGAGCGAAAAUGCAGUUUCUUAUAGUUAUGAUUAUUUUCUUUAUAUUCCUAAGUACAUAAUCUUACGUAAACUACAUUAUAUAAUACAUUAAAUUAUCUACUUACUGUAAGCUAUAUGAUUAUGUUAAUGAUAGAGAGUUACAGUUUUGUUAAUAUGCAUUACAUACAAUAUACAUUUAAUUAUACUAGUUAAACAGUAUAACAAUGAUUGAUAUAUUACAGAUAAAAAAGUUAAUAAAAAAAAUAAAGAAAAUGAACA